AAGUGAGUGACUGAGUCUAUAUGAGCUAAACAUAGUGUCCGUAAGGCUCAACAUUGAGUUAUUGUGAAAUUGAAUGUCAUAUACAUAUUCAAUACACACAUACACUGUAUAAACUACUGUAUAGUACUGUACAGUACUGGGAGAGUGACAACUACUAUAGUAUUGAACUAAAAGGCAAUCGUUUUUUGUUUGUUUGUUUCACUAUUUGUAUGCAAUAUAUUGUAUUAUUAAUAAAAAGAGAGUCAAUCACAACAUCAAAACUAGUGAUUCAUUUUGUUAUAUAUUAAUACUGAAACAAACUGUUAGUAACUGAACGCACAUUUGGGAUAUAUUUUAAGUGAUUUAAUCAAAAUAUUUAUUAUUAUUAUCAAUCAAUUGUUACCACAAUUAUCACAUAAAGAUGGUGUCCGGAGGCAUGUCUUGCGUUAAAUAUCUAUUGUUUGCAUUCAAUUUGGUGUUUGUGAUCUUCGGCAUACUGUUAUUGUACGGCGGCUUCAGUACACUGACCAAGUUUGGCAGCCAUCACUUCGAGGUGAUAAUCGAUGCACCGAACAAUGUGGCCAUUGCUCUGAUUAUUGUCGGGUUUGCCAUAUUUGUGUUGGCCUUUCUCGGCUGUUGCGGUGCCAUCAAAGAGAACAGCUGUAUGCUGACCACCUUCAGUGCAAUCAUAUUAGUAAUCUUAUUGAUUGAGUUGAUCGGCGCCGGACUGAUCUUUGCCUUCAGAAAUAAGAUCGAUGAUUUGGCUAAGACUGGAAUCAAUGAGGCCAUCAAAAAGUACAAUCAAACCAUCGAUGAACCGAUUACCGCUGCUUUGGACGAUAUUCAGCACAGUUUCAAGUGUUGCGGCGCUAAUAAUGCUAGCGAUUGGACGGAAAAUCCUAGAUAUAGCUCAGGAGUUAAUGUACCCGACUCUUGCUGUUCACACGAUAAACUUGUUGGUGAUGACUGUCCCGUUAAAAAUGCCUACGAAAGAGGCUGUAUCGAAGCACUGAAAGACGAUAUUCACGGAUCAGUUGGCUAUUUGGGCGGCAUUGCCAUCGCUGUGGCCAUCAUUCAGCUGAUUGGUAUCUUAUUUGCCUGUUCUCUGAGCCGUAGUAUUAGAAAGGAGUACGAAGUGGUGUAGACUGAAAAAAAAAUGACAGAUUUAUUAAUGACAGUCACUAAAUGAUUAUAUAUUAACUGUUUAUUAAUCAUAUUAUUAUUAUUAUAACUAUUAUUAUUAUCGUUUAAUUAUUUUUUUUAAUGAUAAUUACAAAUUUAAUCUCGUCGUAUAAAUAAUGAUAACAGAAUUAUUUAUAUAUAUAUAUACAGUAUAUAUAUAUAUAUUUAAUUUUAUGGGAUUCUUGAUAUUUGAUAAACAUUUUGUUUUGAGUCAUUUGAUUAUUAUUAUUAUUUUUUUAAUAUUAAUUGAUAUCCACCUAAAUCUUAUUUAAGUUACACCAAACCACACCCACUUUUUUUUUAUUAUUAUGCAAUUUAAAUGUUUAAUCCCUUACAUAAAUUUGAUUUAAUUUAGUGUAUAAUUUUUUGUUUUUAAAAAACCAAUGUUUUUUUUAAAUAAUUAUUAUAUAAUCGAUAUUGUCAGCAGAAAAUUUUUUGCUGAAUUGUUAUUUAUAAUUAUUAUUAUUAAUGUGAUAAUAUAUAUAUCAACAAUAUAUUAAACCCUAAAAUAUUAG